AUGGCUUUUUAUCGCACAAACCUCCCAACUCACGAAGUAUUCUCUCUUGUUUCAAUCAUCACUAUCUUGUUAGCCACUAAUAUAAACUCAGUUCAAGCACAUUCCUUCAAUUUCACCAACCUCACCCUUGGUUAUUCUAAUAUAAUCUAUCAAGGGGAUGCCCAUGAUUUAGCCAGUGGUUACUUGGCACUGACCAACAGUACACAACCAGCUACAACUUUCCCAACUACAGGCCGUGUCUUAUUUAAACCACCCAUGACCCUUUGGGACAAUGCUACUGGCCGUGUUGCCAACUUCGUCACGAACUUUUCGUUCAUUGUAGAGGCCCAUGACAAAGCUGCUGCGACAGAUGGACUGAUCUUUUUCAUUGCACCACCGGACACUGUGAUUCCGAACAACUCAAACAGUCUGUAUCUGGGAGUAGUCGAUGGUAAAAAUGCAAUCAAUCAAUUCGUUGGUGUAGAGUUUGACCUUUAUCCCAAUUCUUUUGAUCCCUAUAUGAGACAUAUUGGAAUUGAUGUCAACUCUUUAAUUUCGAUGAAGACCGAAAAAUGGAACUGGGUGAGUGGUUCAUUGACUAAAGCAACCAUAAAAUAUGACUCUCCUUCAAGCACGUUGAGUGCUGUAGUCACUAAUGAGAAUGGACAAAGCAUUACCAUUGCACAAGUUGUUGAUUUGAAAACUGUGCUCCCCAACAUUGUCAGGGUAGGACUAUCUGCAACUUCAAUAACUGGUGUAGCACACAACAUCCAUAAAUGGUCAAUCGUAGCAGACACGGUAACAACAACAAGCAGUGUCUCAGACAUAUGA